AUGGGUCGAGAAACGCCCCUUGAGAUGCAACGGAACGUUGGAAUUAUGGCUCAUAUUGACGCUGGGAAGACAACCACCACUGAACGUAUUCUCUAUUACACUGGAAAGAGUUACAAAAUUGGUGAAGUUCAUGAUGGGGCUGCCACAAUGGAUUGGAUGGAACAAGAACAAGAACGAGGCAUAACUAUUACUUCCGCGGCAACUACUACUUUUUGGAAUGAGUACAGGAUCAAUAUUAUAGAUACACCAGGCCAUGUUGACUUCUCCAUCGAAGUAGAGCGGUCUCUACGGGUUUUAGAUGGCGCAGUCGCCGUCUUUGACUCUGUAUCGGGCGUUGAGCCUCAAACCGAGACAGUUUGGAGACAAGCAGAUAAGUAUGGUGUUCCCCGUAUGUGCUUCUGCAACAAGAUGGAUCGCACUGGGGCCGAUUUUUACAUGACGGUUCAGAUGAUUACUGACAAUUUAGACGCAACGCCCGCUAUACUACAGCUGCCAAUUGGCGCAGAGAGCGAAUUCGCUGGGGUAGUCGAUGUAGUAGAAAUGCGCGCGGUGGUUUGGGAAGAGGAAAGUCUAGGCGCUAAAUUCCAUUAUGAAGACAUCCCAAAAGACAUGCUCGACAAAGCAAAGGAAUACCAUGAGAAGCUCAUCGAACUUGCUGUUGAGCAGGAUGAUGAUGCCCUAAUGGCUUAUUUGGAUGGCGAAGAAAUCACGGUAGGUACGCUCAAGGCAUGCAUUCGGAAGGGAACGAUGGCCAGUGCAUUUGUUCCAGUACUCUGUGGCACGGCAUUCAAAAACAAGGGAGUUCAACCGUUGCUUGACGCUAUAGUUGAUUACAUGCCUAGCCCUCUUGAUGUAGACGCGAUACGAGGCGUCGACGUGGAUUCCGGAGAAGAAAUUUCGCGCAAGUCAUCUGAUGAGGAGCCCCUCUCUGCUUUGGCUUUUAAGAUUGCGACAGACCCGUUUGUUGGCACCUUGACAUUCACGCGCGUAUACUCUGGUGUUAUGCGAACUGGGGAUACCGUUGUCAAUACCGUAAAAGGUAAAAAGGAAAGGAUCGGCAGAAUGCUGCUGAUGCACGCAAAUGACCGUGAGGAUGUCAAGGAAGCAAGAGCUGGUGAUAUAGUUGCUAUUGCUGGCCUUAAGGACACCACGACUGGCGAGACGCUUUGCUUACCAGAUAAUCAAGUAAUUCUGGAGAAGAUGGAAUUUCCGGAACCCGUCAUCAAGGUCGCAGUCGAACCGAAGACAAAAGCUGACACCGAAAAAAUGGGAGAAGCUCUCAGCAAGCUUGCCCAAGAAGAUCCUAGUUUCCGAUUCUCUCGGGAUGAGGAAAGCAAUCAAACAGUCAUUGAAGGAAUGGGGGAGUUGCAUCUUGAAAUUAUAGUCGACCGCAUGCGCAGGGAGUUCAACGUAGAUUGUGCGGUUGGUGCUCCCACAGUUAGCUACCGUGAAGCUAUAACGAAAUCGAACACUGUUGACUACACUCACAAAAAGCAGUCCGGAGGGAGCGGGCAAUUUGCGAGAGUCGUGAUUGAAUUUUCUCCAAUUACAAUGGAUCCGGGCAGCGACGAGACUAGCGGUUCGGAAUUCGAAUUCGUGUCGGAGAUCAAAGGGGGCUCUAUUCCGAAAGAGUACAUUCCUGGUGUUCGGAAAGGUGUGUUGUCAGAGAUUGGCAAUGGUACUAUUGCAGGGUUCCCGAUGUUGAACUUUAGAGCGCGACUUACGGAUGGUGCAUACCACGACGUUGACUCCUCUGUUCUGGCUUUUGAAAUAGCGGCAAGAGCCGCCUUUCGAGAAGGAAUGCGCAAGUGUGGACCUCGCCUCAUGGAGCCCAUCAUGAAAGUAGAAGUAAUUACGCCGGAGGCGUCACUCGGAGAUGUAAUUGGAGAUCUGAAAUCUCGGAGGGGUCAGUUGCAAGGCCUUGGAGAUAGGGGCAAAGCGAAGACGAUUUCUGCACUCGUCCCGCUGAGUGAACUGUUUUCAUAUGUAAGCAACUUGCGAUCUAUGACGAAGGGUCGCGCAAGCUACAAUAUGGUAUUGAAUGGGUACGAUUUUGUACCAUCUAGCAUUGAAGCAGAAAUAUCCUCAAAGUACGGAAAGUCCGUUGCGGCAGAGUAG